UGGGGCGAGCCGGGAGUAAAUAGACGCCGGAGCCCAAGAUGGCGGAGCCGCCCAGUCCCGGUCGUGGCGCGGCGCCCCCCGAGCAGGAGCUGCUCGGCGCCAGGACGGCCCUGGACGCGAAAGGUUCCCGCGGAUCCCAGCCGGCCGCCAAGAAGGUGAAGGGAGCCGAGGAGCGGAGCCUGAAGGGCGCUAAGCGCGUCAACGGUGAAGGGGGCGGCGGUGGCGGGAGCGCCAAGCAGCCGCUGCCCGCGGUCGUGCCCAGCUACAGCGGCCCCGGGCCGUGGGGCUUCGCCGCGCUGCCCUCGGGCCCCUCGGCGGGCGCGGGGGGCUUUGCGUUCCCUUCCCCGCUGUCCCGGAAGCUGCUGCCGCCCGCGGUGCUGCUGCCGCCGUCCGCCUCCCCCUCCUCGUCCCAGCCGCAGCACCAGCACCGCCACCACCGGCACCGCCUGGCGCUGGCGGCCGAGGCGGGAGGCGGCGGCGGCAGCGCCAAGCCCAAGAGACCCAAGGAGAAGCGGGACAAGGAGAGGAGGAAGCACGGGGCGCUGCCCGUUGUGGCGGCGGCGGGAGAUGGCGGCGGGGCCCUGAGCCGGGAGGAGAACGGGGAGGUGAAGCUGCUGUUCCCGAAAGGUCAAAUCAAAGACAAAGUUAAAGAAAGGGAGAAGAAGCAAAAAGAAAAGAAGAAGCACAAACUAAUGAAUGAAAUCAAGAAAGAAAAUGGAGAGAUCAAAUUACUGCAGAAAGGUGGGAAGGAGAAACCAAAAACCAAUGCAGAAGAGCUACAGAUUAAAAAAGUUAAGAAGAAAAAGAAAAAGAAACAUAAAGAGAAUGAGAAGAGGAAGCGUCCAAAAAUGUACAGCAAAUCUAUUCAGACCAUCUGCUCAGGAUUGGUUUCUGAUAUUGAGGAUCAGGAAGCCAAAGGCAUCAUAGAUGAUCAUCUUAAGGAUUUCAAUGGGAAAAAUAUGGAUCCCAAGAAGGACUGUGAGUCCAAGAUACCAGAGAACAGUGAGUUUCCAUUUGUCUCGUUAAAGGAGCCACGGGUUCAAAAUAAACUCAAAAGGUUGGACACAUUGGAGUUCAAACAGCUGAUUCAUAUUGAGCACCAGCCUAACGGAGGUGCAUCAGUUAUCCAUGCCUACAGUAAUGAACUCUCCCACUUGUCUCCUGUGGAGAUGGAGAGAUUUGCAGAAGAGUUUGUGGGUCUGGUUUUUAGUGAAAAUGAAAACUGUGCAGCUUACUAUGUAAUGGGUAUUGUUCAUGGGGCAGCUACUUAUUUACCUGACUUUUUAGACUACUUUUCGUUUAAUUUUCCCAAUUCACCAGUGAAAAUGGAGAUUUUGGGAAAGAAAGAUAUAGAGACAACGACUAUGUCAAAUUUUCAUGCUCAGGUAAAAAGAACAUACUCUCAUGGUACGUAUAGAGCUGGCCCAAUGAGACAGAUCAGCCUGGUUGGAGCAGUUGAUGAGGAAGUGGGGGAUUACUUCCCUGAAUUCCUUGAUAUGUUGGAAGAAUCACCCUUCUUAAAAUGUACACUGCCAUGGGGAACACUUUCUAGUUUAAAAUUAGAGAGUCGUAAAGACAGUGAUGAUGGUCCCAUUAUGUGGGUACGUCCAGGAGAGCAGAUGAUCCCUGUGGCUGACAUGCCAAAGUCACCUUUCAAAAGGAAGAGAACUACCAAUGAAAUAAAAAACUUGCAGUACCUACCUCGAACCAGUGAACCCCGUGAAAUGCUCUUUGAGGACCGGACCCGAGCCCAUGCAGAUCACAUAGGACAAGGUUUUGAGCGACAGACCACGGCUGCUGUGGGAGUGUUGAAGGCUGUGCACUGUGGGGAGUGGUCUGAGCAGCCUCGUAUAACCAAAGAUGUAAUUUGUUUUCAUGCUGAGGACUUCUUGGAGGUAGUUCAGCGAAUGCAGUUAGAUUUGCAUGAACCUCCACUCUCACAGUGUGUCCAGUGGGUUGACGAUGCAAAGCUUAAUCAGCUGCGAAGGGAAGGCAUUCGAUACGCCAGAAUCCAGUUAUUUGAUAAUGACAUUUAUUUCAUCCCGAGGAAUGUUGUGCACCAGUUCAAAACAGUUUCAGCUGUGUGUAGUUUGGCUUGGCACAUCCGGCUCAAGCUCUACCAUUCAGAGGAAGAACUCUCUCAAAACACAAAUACUGUUGAAGCAGGGACCUCUGCAGACCCCACGUCUUCGGUUGUUGGACUUCAGACUGACAGAGUUUGUACCGUGAGCAAAGAUACCUCCGAAGACACCAAAUGUCCAGAUGCUCUGCAGACCAAGUACCUGCAGCAGGAGUUUUUGCCGAUAAAACAUGAACCUCUAGCAUCCCUCCGAGUCAAAGAAGAACCCAUGAAUGUUGAUCUUGCUGAAAAGACAGUGACACCUAAUGAUGUCGGGGGACAGAAUGUUCAGGCUAGGCUGGGUCACGCUGAGUUGACAUCACUGAAGUUGGAAAUGGAUUCUAAAUUUGAAACCGGCAACAAGGACUUACAAGGCAAGUUGUGCUCUGGAGGUCACGUACAUCCAGAUGAUACAAGACAACCUAGCUCAUCAUAUCCAAAAUUGCAUGGACAAAGAGAGGAUGAUUUUUUGUGCUGAAUUUGUAUAUAUGGUUUUAAAUUCCUUUUUAAACUUAAUGAUGUAAUAAUGUAAAGAUCAUAAAUUGUGAGGCAAGUUUGUGACUUGUCUUCGCAUCUGUUACAGAAAAUAGUUAUGUAGCUUUGUAACAUUCCUCAGUGCCUGUCCAUAACUGUGAAGUAUCAAAGCACUUAGGGCCAGAUGCACUGUAAACACUGCAGGUUUAACAUAAAGAAGUCUUUAAAUAAUUUUGAGUUGUAGGUUUUAGAGUAGAGCUGACAUUUAACAUAUAUAUUUUUUGUAAGAUGAGCCAGAAUUCUUUUUGACAAUUCCAGGCUUUUCCAUAGAGCUUAUUUAUACCAAUUUUUUCAUUUUAAAUGUGUCAGCACUGUAGUGUAAAUAUCUUUUUUAAGAAUCUUUUUAGUGUGAUUUAUACUGAAAUGUGAGCCGCUUAAUAAAGGUUCAUAAUAACA